AUGGCUGGCAUUCGCUGGCGCGGGGACCAGCCAGAUGGUCUCCGCUUCUGGAAAGCCGAGGAAACUCCGGCAGAGCGACGGGUCACUCUGUCAGUCCUGCCAGCACGCCAGUUUGCGUACAUCCUUGUUUACAUCAUCGUGGCCCAGCUGUUCUUCUAUUUCAUGCAGAAGCCGUGGCACGACUCCUCACUGGAAGGUGCCAGCGGGGCUAAGGGUGUGCAGCUUGCGGGCAAGGGAGUCUUGCUCGUGAACUUCGCUAUUCAAACCGCCGUCGCCUUCGACGUGGACGAAGCCAAGAUUAUCCGCAUAUCGAAGGUCGAUGAGAUCACUUUCCUUUGGAACACCCUGCUGAUGGCCAUAACACUGCUCUACGUCUUGAUCCAAGAGUGUGACAAAGCCGGCAUGAGCCCGACGUUCUUGCCUCCCAGCGAGGCAUACUCCGAAGCAUGGUGGCUGUGGCGGCGAGGCCUGUUCCGAUCUGUCCUGGCAGAGAUCCAAGCUUACGACUCGCUUCUGUCCGUCUUUACUGAGCAGACCAUAAUGCUCUAUGUGCUCGGCGAGGUUGGCAAUGUCAUUGGGCCAGUUGCCUUUUUCUGGCUCGCCCUUCGGGCGGUGUUCAUCCAAAACAUCGGUGGCUCUCCGAAGGCAAGAAUCCAGCAAGUACUGCGCAAGAUGCUGCCGAAGACACGGUCAACCAUGAUGCUGACAGCCAGAGAAGCAGAGAAGGCCCAAAGUUUGGUGCCGCUGCUGUUGUGGAUGGAGUACACCUACGUUGUCAUCUUUCCAGGAAUUGCUCUCACGGCUUGCUAUUUCAUCGAUUACAGCAUGCGAAUUUGGCUUGCCCAGUUGGCAUUCAGCAUUCUUUUCUUCCUGUGGCAGCGCUACGUGAUGCUUUGGCUGUACGGGAAAUCCGAGUUUGACUCCGACGGCACAUACUUCUCCUUCAUUGUCGUGUGGGGCCUGGUGCUAUCGAUGGCUGCUUCUUCCUUUGCCUUUUGGGCAUAUAGGUUGGAUCAAAUCACCGAGCGACCUUUCGCCGUGUUGAUCUUCGUUCUCAUCUUCAUGCUGACUUAUUUUAUCUAUGUUGCCGGCAUCCUUUCGAUCGAGUAUCAUUUUCGGAAAAUGGGAAAGACACUAGACGACGAGAAUGUGUCGGGGAACGAUCCUGGGUAUAUGGCGAUCAUGGAGAAAUCUGGCGUAUCCUGGUGGAAUACCAAUCCGAUUUAUGUGCUGAAGCAUCGCCUGUGCCCCGAUUUGGCUGGAUUCGAAGUGCAUGAGGAAUCGAGGAACUGCUGGCCUCUAUGGUCGGACGAGGGCUUCUUCGAGAAGGGCAAGGAGUUCCGACACCGGCAAAGUGCUGGCGACCAACAGUUAGAUUCUGGUGAUUAA